AUGCCGAUGCAGCAAAAUAAUGGCUAUGACUCAAGCCUGGUACCCCAGUUACAAGUGAGACUGGUUGGCGGAACAAAUUCACGGGAAGGCCGUGUAGAGAUCCUGUACAAUGGCACCUGGGGUACAGUCUGUGACGAUAACUUUAACAACUAUGCCGCUCAGGUCGUCUGUUUAAUGGUUGGGCUACCAGGCAUCAAUGCCAGAGCCAGAAGUGAGGGAUUUUUUGGACGUGGAAAUGGUACAGUCUGGUUAAAUGAUUUAAAUUGCCUUGGUCACGAGACAUCAUUGGCAUUGUGUGGACAUCGUGACUGGGGGACAAACAACUUCGACCACAUGGAAGAUGCAGGAGUGGUCUGCGGAGGGCCCGUAACAGUACGUCUUCGCGGCGGUACAACAAUAUCAGAGGGGCGAGUUGAAAUAUUCUACAAUGGCAUAUGGGGAACAAUUUGUGACGAUAACGUGGACCGAAACUUCGCAGUGUUCAUCUGCAAGCAACUGGGUUUUCUAACGAUAAAUGUUACCCUAAGAAAGGAGGCAUUCUUUGGUCCUGGAUCAGGUCAGAUCUGGUUGGACGACGUGAGUUGCCGUGGCGAUGAGGUCUCUGUGGAAUCUUGUUCAGCAAACGCUUGGAGCAUCAACAACUGUGGUCAUCAUGAGGAUGUCGGGGUCGUAUACAAUGCACCAGUUGAUUGUGUGGUGUUGAAUUCUAUGAGCAUGCCGGGUGAGUUAAAGGAGCUGCAGCACAAUCAACAAGACCGCUAA